CCCCAACCCUUCCUCCCUCCCCACCCUGUGAUGGCAGAAGAAACCCAACAGAGCAAAUUGGCUGCAGCCAAGAAAAAGUUAAAAGAUUACUGGAAGAGAAACAGCCAUGGUGUUCCAGCAGGUGCAAACAGGAACAGGAAAACAAAUGGCAGUAUCCCUGAGACAGCCAAUUCUGGUGGUUGCCACUCACCUGGGGAUUCAGCAACAGGUUUCCACAGGGAAGGCCCUACAUCAUCUGCUACCCUGAAGGAUCUGGAAAGCCCAUGCCAAGAACAAGCAGUCCUGGAUUCAAAGUCCACACAAAUCAAUCGACUGAAGAACACCAUCAAAUCUUUGAAACAACAGAAGAAAGAACUGGAACAUCACCUGGAAGAAGAAAAGAAAGCAAACAACAAAACACAGAGAGCUGAAUGGCAGCUAGAAGUUCAAAUCGAGAGAUUGAAUACAGAGAAAGAUGAGCUCCAUACGGACCUGUGUCGCACAAAAGGUGUUCUCAGACACUUUGAAGAAGAGUCCAAGGAUCUGGCAGGCCACCUGCAAUGUUCAUUGCAGUGUAUAGGAGAGUUGGAGCGGGCUCUCUCUGCUGUCGCCACCACACAGAAGGAUGUCAGUGAUGGAUUCUCGAGCUGCAGUAGAGAACUUAGCUGGUGGCGGUUAAAGAAAUCCACAGAGGAGAAGGCACGGCUGAAAACACAGCUAACACGGUUGAAGGAGUUACUGACCCAAGUCCAAUUAGAACGAGAUCAAUAUGCUUGCCAAAUAGAAGGAGAGAGGGACCAGUGGCAGCAGAGGAUGAGAAAAAUGUCGCAGGAGAUUGACACAUUGAAAGAGUCAAAACAUCACUAUACGCAUCGGGUAGAGGAGCUGCAGUCCAAACUCAAAAAUCAGAUGGCUGAACCCUUGCCCCCGGAGCCCCCAGCAUUGCCCUCUGAGGUGGAGCUGCAGCACCUGAGGAAGCAACUCGAGAGAGUGGCAGGAGAGCUCCAGGCCCAGGUCAAAAAGAAUCAGCGCAUAAGUCUCCUGAACCGGGUCCAAGAAGAGAGGCUUCGGAAGCAGGAGGAGAGGCUUCAGGAACAGCAGGAGAAGCUUCAGCAGCUGGCCAAGAACAGAGCAUCUUUCUCUGUCCUGAACAAUGAGAACAAGAGCACCCUGCAUUUGGAGCAGCAAGUAAAGGAGCUACAGGAGAAGCUGGAUGAGGAGCGCCUGGAAGCUACCAGCCAGCAGGACCAGCAGCUAACAGCCCAGUUGGGCCUCAUGGCUCUCCCUGGGGAAGGUACCGGAGACCGAGAUGGAGAACCUCGGCCCAUGCCGAGCGUCCCAGAGGACCUGGAGAGCGGGGAGGCCACGAGCAGCCUUAUGGACCACCUGGAGGAGAAGGCAGACCUGAGUGAGCUGGUGAAAAAACAAGAAAUACGAUUCAUCCAGUACUGGCGAGAGAGAUGCCAUCAGAAAACCCAUCACCUUUUAACAGAGCCAGGGGGCCAUGCCAAAGAUGCGGCACUGGGAGGAGGACCUCAGGCUGGCCCAGGACAGGGAGGAGAUGAAGGUGAAGCUGCUGGAGCUGCAGCAGAUGGUAUCGGGGCCUGUGGCGACGACAACAAUGGGCACAGAAAAUUCCUGGCUGCUGCCCAGAACCCUGCUGAUGAGCCCGGUCCAGGAGCCCCAGCCCCCCAGGAGCUUGGGGCUGCGGACAAGCAUGGUGAUCUUUGUGAGGUGAACCUCAGCUCCUCUGCGCAAGGAGAGGCCAGGGAGGGUCCUCCCUGUGACAACCCUACUGCACAGCCAAUCGUGCAGGACCACCAGGAGCACCCAGGCUUGGGCAGCAACUGCUGUGUUCCAUUCUUUGGCUGGGCUUGGCAGCCGAGAAGAAGGAGAUAAACAUCAUCAUCAUCAAAGAGCUGGCCAAGAUAUUUUUAAAUAAGAAACCAAGUUAUGGAGUUAAUCUCCAACACAAUUCAUUUAGUUCAUUUGAAUGUUAGAGCCACUCAUGAUUAUUUGUGUUUCUAUUUUAUAGUUUAAGUUUAUUUGUAAAAAGUUAAAAGAGAGUGGGUCUCUGUGGCUUUCACUGAUGUUCACUCUGGCAUCCUUUAGUAUUUUUCUUUUUUAAUUUCAUAAUUGCAGGUCAUUAGCAUGCAUAUCGAGUUUGCCCUUAUGUGGUGGGAAUUCAAACACGCAAAGACCCACUCUUUGCACAAAACUGUUCUCGUUGGUUUGGAAUAGGCUGCCAUGCUUUUUUAAUGUUAUUGCAGCAUGUAUAUUCAUUACAGAAUUCAGAUAAAAUUUGCCUAUGUUCUGCUAGUGUUUGAUCUAAUCUUAAUCACAGUGAGCUCUUCAUUAGCUCUAUAUGUGGUUUGCCCCCAAGUGUGCACUGUUUAUUACUUUGUAAUAUGCCACUAUGAGUACUGACAUUUAGAGUUGUUUAAAGGCCGAGAACUGGAAAGAGCCUUUCCUCCAUUUUCUGUGUAUUGGUGAUGGGAGUCAUAACCUUUUGGGGGAGCUUUUUAAAUCUCACAGAAGAGGAAAGUGGCCUGCUCUGGCAGGUAUGUGCAGGAUAGAGUGUGUUUCAUCUGUUCCGGUGCCAAGAAUUAGCGCUGUAUUAUGGUGGUUCCCUUAGGAUUUGUAUGUGCUCUGGGCUCAUGAAGAUAUUGCAUCAUGAGCUGCAGCAGUUGUACUCUUUUUCGAUGACCUAAAAAGGGAUGAUUUCUGAGGAAUGAAAGGUUCCCAUCAUUGACUGUGGAUGUGGAAAACCUUUCCUAGCUUAGAGCAUUUGUAUCUAUAAUACAUUUUAAAGUCAGAGUUCAUGUUACCUGUUUUAAUCACAUGACUACAUGCCUCAGUACACAAAAGGGCACUGGUUGGCAUUCUUCUUAAUGUAUUUACUGAAGAUCAUAAGAAAUCCUUUAAGAGUUUAACUGUCCCUGGAACAGGCAUACAGGCUCUAGCCAAGAAUGAAUUAGAGUGAAGGAAAGCUGUGUGACACCUGGCAUUCCUCUCUGUUCACGGAGCUUCUUUGAGGCUUGAAGAUUGAUUUUACCAUCUAGACCUCUCUGGCUAAUACCUAUUCUUCAUCCACCUUGGUUACUCUGACAUAGGAAUUUACUUCUUUUCUUUGAAUGGAAAACACUUUAAAAAAUAAUAAGAAACAUUAUUAUAAACUAAUACAUGUGAGAGUAGUUAGUUGAAACAAAAAGGAGUUUUAGUAAACAGUAUUAUACUAUCUUUGAAAAUCAAGGAGAAGUUUAUGCAACUUAAAAUGUUUAUAAACUGCAGUGCAAUCUACUGUUUGUGAAUGUCAAUGUAUUAUCAGGAAACGUGUCUAUACAAUCACACAGUUAUAUUUCCUCACAAACUUCUUUACAAAGAGUGAAAUAUGUUUCUGUACCUCUCGGUUUCAGUUAGGGACAUGUUUUGUGCAAUAUUUAUGUGACUGUGCCUAUGCGUGAUGAAUGAAUGCAUUUCAGUCAGACAUUGCCUAAAUCACAACUUGAUGAUGCUUGGGAAAGACUCAACAGUUCAAACUUCAUGAAGUUCUAAUGUCUGUGUUCCAGAACACAUGACAUUAUUAGGAGGUAGGGAGACGUGUGUGUGCUCCCUGGGGUGGGGAUUUCUAGUUACUAGACCAUCUCCAGAUUUAGCAUCUGGCUUCCUCCUGAUAC